AUGCCAUUACCAAAGUUGUCCCCUCUACAGUCGAGGUUCGCCGCCUCCCUUGGUGCCUCACUCUUCCUCCUCCUACUUUACCUCACACUUACAAAGCCACACUUUGCAUACGCUCUGGAAGUAGACUCAACAAUACACAACGGGGAACGUAACGAUUAUGCAGUACUCGAAGACCAUAUCGAGGAGGAUGUUGACGAGAACCCGAGCGAAUCCAGUCAUGGCGACAACCUGCGAGCGAGAGCGGUCGAAGGGGUUUCAUCACUGUCCAACAACGCCCCUCAAAACAAAAAUAUAAAUAUUGGUGAAACGCAGAAUUGGGUCUUCACCAAGGAAGAGAUUGAUGGUCCUCACGGACAAUCUGGCCCUGGCUUGCCUAGUGACGACGUGGAAGAGCGAGGUAUCGAGAUUAAUGCCGAAGGUCACGAAUUAAAGAAGCGACAGCAGAGUAACAAAAUCUAUUUGACGCUGAAUACAUGUUUACAGCCAUCUUCCAAUGGUUCUAAAGACUCGACUGAUGCCAUACCACCUCAGUUACAGAUGUAUAUUUCCAUGUCCGAUUCGAAUCCCAAACCUGGUCCUGGUGUUACGGAUCCCAAUCAGCGGAGUAUACAAGUCGACGGAGGCUAUGCCUAUCUUGAGGUGGAAGCCAGCAGUGACAUAUAUGUUGGUGUGACAGCACCGAAUGUAACUGCAUUCAGUGGCAUUUGGAACUAUGAGGUCGCUGCAUCCAUUGAUGGCCCAUACCAUUACGCCCACACUGAACCGAAUCUGUUCUUUGUGGAUGGCGAUAAUCAUGCAGCUCUUCUUAUCACCGAUGAUUUGACCCAGGCCGCUCUUAACGAAACUGUCUUUAAAGAUUGGAUGGGACUAAGUCCAGCACCAUGGGGAUUGUUCGCGGCUGAUCAGAAAGACAAGUCCAUCCUUGGUCUAAAGAAUUCCUUUUGUGGCCUCAGGAAUAACGUCCGCCUCAAUGCAAAUAUAAAAGGCGUUGAGACUCAGAACAUCGCCCAGAUGACGAGUCGUGGUCUUGGUGGCAAGCCAAAAGAACAGUUUUAUAUCACGGGCCUCAAUGCUAGUUCGCGGUAUUGGGGAAUGCUGGUCAUGGAGGGCAACUCCACAGAUUCAGGUGAAGGCGUUGUUGGCGGUGGCGGUACUGUCUGGGCUGCCAUCGAAUUCGACACAAAAACCGAGGAUAAUUGUGCUUUGAUGUACAAUCUCUCAUUCUGCUCCGAGGUCGCCUAUGCCGUGCCCACAAACCCUGAUCUAUUUUCCCCGACCACCGGUCUGCCAGAACUAGCCGCUGUCUACGACUCCUACGCUUCUCAAAUGUAUCAGUAUUUCAACUACUCAUUGCAGCAAAUACCCUGCAACACUACCCCCUCAUCCCAGUAUUCACUUGCUCGAAACUGUGAUGACUGUGCCCGUGCAUACAAACAAUGGCUCUGCGCAGUCACAAUCCCCCGCUGUGCCGAUUUUUCCAACAAUGAUGCCUGGUUGAAGCCGCGCAACCUGGGACAAGCCUUCGUCAACGGCUCCACAAUUUCAAACUCCCCAGGAUUCAACGUCGACCAAACACUCCUCAACAACGUAGCCACAAACUCUUCUCGCAAUCCUCUCAUCGACGAAUCCAUCCGACCAGGCCCGUACAAGGAAGUCCUACCCUGUGAAGAUCUCUGCUAUGAUUUGAUACAGAGCUGUCCGGCGAGCUUUGGCUUCGCAUGCCCUCUCAAGGGCGCCGGAUUCGAGGACAGCUACGGUACCAGGAGUAACGAUUCUGGACUACUCACGUGCAGUUACCUCGGUGCGGCCUAUUACCUCAGCGGCGCCGAGCGGUCUUUUGGAUAUAGCAGAUACGGCGGUAUUGCACUUCUUGCCGCCGCUACUGCAGUGUUAAAUAUGCUGUAA